CUUUCAUGGCGGCAAGGCUUCUUCAAAGGAGAAUUCUUUCACUAAUUGCUCGUAAUCAGUCUCAGACUUCCCUCCUCACAGGUCCUUCUGGACGUCGGUCCUAGUUGCUUGGAGGGACCGGGGAGUUUGUUUUGAGUUUUGAUUACGAUGGAAUCCAAGGAUAUCACGGCCAACGUGGGUGGCAGUAGUAGUGAGGGUGCCGACCCUGAGGCUGGUAAUGACUCUACUAGUGUGUUACGUGACUUCGCACAGAAGCUUAUGGCUGAGGUAGUGCGGACGAAUAGGGGGCAGGAUCGUCCUACGACUGAGAUGGGUUGCUCCAUUGAGCAGUUCACCAAAUUGAAGCCCUCAGCUUUUAUGGGCAGUACAGAUCCAGUUUGUGCUGAGAAUUGGAUCCAGGAGAUCGAGAAGAUCCUAGAUGUGUUGAACUGCACUGAAAGGCAGAAAGUCACCUUCGCCACGUUCAAGUUGGCAGGGGAGGCUGAAAGAUGGUGGGUGUCUGUAAAGCAGAUGGAAGAGCACCGACCGAUACCAAUAGCGUUGACGUGGGCCCGAUUCAAAGAGCUCUUCUUUGAAUGUUAUUUUUCGGCCACAAUUAGAAACGCGAAGAUGGAGGAAUUCAUGAAUCUGACACAGGGAUCGCUGACAGUGCAGCAGUACGCUGCUAAAUUCCAGGAGCUGUCUCGAUUUGCUCCAUUCAUGAUUCCUGAUGAAGCAAAGAAGGCCUGGAAGUUUCAGAGGGGUCUGAGGAGCGAGAUUCGUAAGCGGACGGCGAUUUUGCAGUUGCAAGACUUUGCUACACUGGUUGAUAAAGCCACUGUGGCAGAGGAGAGUCUACUGGAGGACGUAGAGGUUCAGGUCCUGAAGAAGAGGUCAGCGCCGCCCAGUUCUUCGUUUGGGACGAGGAAGGGUAGCUGGAAGAAGAACAGUGGUGGUACGUCUCAGAACACUGUACGUUUCCAACGUGAGAGUCUACUGGAGGACGUAGAGGUUCAGGUCCUGAAGAAGAGGUCAGCGCCUCCCAGUUCUUCGUUUAGGACGAGGAAGGGUAACUGGAAGAAGAACAGUGGUGGUACGUCUCAGAACACCGUACGUUUCCAACGUUGCUCGUUGUGUGGUAGGAGACACCCGGGGCAGUGUUGGUUGGCUACAGGGGCUUGUAUGCGGUGUGGUAAACAAGGACAUCAGGCGAGAGACUGUAGUAUGCAGGGAAACAAUGGAGCCCCGCAACAGGCAUACAGGGGAAAUACUCAGGCGCAGCAUGGUGGUCAGCAAGGGGGUACUGCCCAGGCUAGGGUGUAUUCCCUGACACCUGGCGACGCAGAGAACACUGGUGAUGUAGUCACAGAACCCUCUUGGCAUCCGCUGUCUGCAAAUUCCUUCUUCAGAAAUAGUGAACCUUUCUGGAGAGGCAUUCGGAGCCAGACAGAAACAGUUAACCAGUUUAAUGAGUUUGUGGACGAACACGAAUCAAGGGGUUUAGAGCUCAGGUCUGAGUCAGAUGGUGCUUCUUCCAGCACAAGUAACAAUGACACCUCAGCUCUUACAUAUACCACCAUAUCCAAGUUGAAGACAUCCUCAAGGCAUGAUCUUGCCAUGAUCUUUACUUGCAAGGUCUGUGAGACAAGGUCCAUAAAGACAGUUUGCCGUGAAUCCUACGAGAAAGGCGUGGUGGUGGCAAGAUGUGGUGGCUGUAAUAAUCUACACCUGAUUGCUGAUCGGCUUGGGUGGUUUGGAGAACCAGGGAGUGUCGAGGACUACCUGGCUGCUCGAGGGGAGGAAGUGAAAAGAGGUUCCCUGGAUACGCUGAACCUGACACUUGAAGAUUUGGCUGGAACAAAGUCUUGAAAUUGAGUGAAAAACUGUUGCUGUAAGUUUGUUAAGUAAUUCAAUGUUUUUAUCCUUGGUUCUUUUUGUUGCUUUUGAAAGUAAUACAUGUCUGGCUAGUCAUGGCAUUCACAUGAGCUGGUGGGUGGCGAAAUUUGGUUUAAGGAAACUGAAUCACUGGCCUUCAGCUUCAUGUUUACUUGUUUAAAUUUGAUUGUUGUGUUUCCCCAUAUAAAUUUAUAGUUCUCAUCUUUUUCUUA